AUGGCGCAGCAACCGCAGCAACCGGGCGACCAACACUGGAAUCCAGCGUCUUGGCCAGAGGAUCAGCACUCUUCGAAUACCUCUAUCCCUGAUGGUGGGUUGGCGGACCUCUUGGCCGCUGCUAGCCCCCAAGAGAGCCAUCCCCAAAAUUUGAAAUCAUCGCUCAGUGAUGAAGAUUUCUCUGCAUGGGACAUGCCGCACGAGACAAUCGCGCUCGAUACUGGAGAUCUAAAUGUCGAUGUUCCCACGGUCGAUGCGCCUCCGACUCAGAAUACCACGAACCCCGAUGUGGUGGCCGCGAAUCACUCUGCCGAACAGAACCCGAAAGAACCGCUGCAAAACGAUGAAAUUGCCCAAAAUGGAUGGGAACCAGCCCAAGAACUCAGCAACACUGCACAGCCGGAUGUCGAUCUACCUCCGGUGGCCCCAGUGGAACAAAUGUUUGCCUCUCACGAACCUGCGACUGACAUUACAAGCCUACCUGCUGGUGAUACAGAAGCCGCUCCGCCCGAGGACCUGUCAUCCACUGCCGAGUCACCGAUCCAAGACAAUGAUAUGGAGUUGAAUAUAGAAGAAGCGGGGCAGCAGGCUUAUCAAGCAGUCUCUCAUGUCGAUGCUGCUGUGGCUCAACCGACACAACCAGAGAACGACACCGGGCACGCUUUGGCUACGAAAGAAGACCAGCCUGCUUCUGAUGGAACAAAAUCUGCAGAUGAUAAAACUAUUCAUGUCAAUUAUACCGAGCCCGCUUCAGAAAAACAAUUAUCUGCGAUGGACAUUGUGGAACAUCCACCCCAGUUGGUAUUUCCGCACAGCAACUCCGAAGACAUUUCUGUGGACCCGUUCACAACAAUUGCUAGAACUCACACCGAUCAAGCGCGGAGCUCCUCCGAUAUGGACCAUCAAGAAGGGCAUAAGGAGCCGAACGUCGAAGCCUCUGUUCAAUUAGUUGGAAUCGAACAAACAGGGGCAGAAGUGCCCUCAAUUGAGAUGAACACGAAUGGAGCUAGUGCCUGGGGUGAUCAAAUGCAAGAUGAUGUGGAUUCAGAUGGUGACGAUUUCUUCAACCAGCUCAAGACCCAAACCAAACCCAUCUUCGGCCCCCCAGAGACAGAAUCCAGGUUUGAGGAAGGCGUUCCGUUAUUGGAAGAAUCUGAUACAACAACUGUCCGCGAAGUUCAGCAGGAGACUGCAUCAGGUCAUCCUUUUGUAAACGACGAUGACGAUGACGAUGCAGAAGACUUUUUCAACUCCGUUCAAAAGUCGGAAGUGAGCACGGAUCCUCCAAUCCACCUGACUCGCAAGAGUACAUCCCAAGUGAUGGGAUCUGUGGGCUUCGAUAUUGCUUCGCCGACUAGUGAUAUAUCAGUGGCUGCUCAGCUUGAGGAUGUUCUCAAGGCUGCAAAUUCCGGAGCCUCGGAAGGUCCGGAAUCUCAAGUGCCUGCCGAGGACACCGUGCCUUCGGAGGAUGAUAUUGCUGCACGCUGGGAAGCAGAGCUCAGUGAUACAAUGGAAGACGAUCUAGCUGCUCGUUGGGAAGCUGCGCUGGACUUGGAUGACGAUGAUAUGCUUCUUGAAGACGAACUUAUCAACCCUGCCCAAUCCCAGCCAGCUACCCAGCGAUAUGUUCCGCAGAGUCCAAUUGCACCUACAGAUAGAGAUGUACCUUCGGGCCUUCAUAGUCCGUUUGAGACCCCUCAGAGUCAAACUGCGCCUCGCCCUGUUCCUGGAAUGUAUAUACCGCAUCAGCCAACGACUGCCGACUUGAUUGGAGGCAUUCCUAUCCCAGGCGUACCGCCGGCUGCGAGUGCGACAGGUCCUCCUUAUUUCUCGCAACAGCCAAUUAACCCCGUGGCCAAUAGAGGAGAAAGCUUCGCUGAACGGUCCAAAGAAGGUUACAAAUCUCCCUAUGACCUUCCAGAUGAUCUUUCGAGACCCCGACGACCUAUGGCUACCCACAGACCUGUCCCUCCAGCAGUGACUAGUAUGCCCCCUCCUCCAGUUCCAAACAGCGGCAUGCCACCGCAAGGUGGCGUCUCUGUUGCUCCUCCCGUGGCGGCCUCAGUUCCACCACCUGCUCCUAAGAACUUUUAUGAAGAGCUUCCGUUGUCCCCGCCAAAGCCUCGACCGACUAGCUCAGGGCGAUAUUCUCCUAAUCCCAGUGUAGCUGCACCAACCGCUGGGCCGUCGCUUGCUGCCGCUCCCAAGAAUCCAUAUGCUGCUGCUGUGCCAGUUGCAGGUGCAACCGAACCUACUCCUGUACAGUCUUUGCUACAUCCCCCAGAAAGAUUGGAUCCAUAUGCAGCUCCUUCUAGUUUGGCUUCUAGUGCACCCGCUGGACCUAGUGCUGCCUCCAGAUAUUCCCCCAAGCCACCAGGCUUGCAGGCACCAGGAAAACCGCCCACGCAACCCAGAUAUUCUCCCGCACCUCCUGGCGCCGGACCAUCUGUGGUUCGUAAUCGCUAUGCUUCUCAGCCCUUGACUGUUCCGGGGCAAGCAAAUUCAUUGCCAUUCCAACCUCGUACUUCGAGUCCUUUGGCAUAUCAUGAAAAGGUUUCAUAUCAACCAGAGGAAGCGCAGCGCUCUCAACCGCCAUCGCUACAACCUUCGGUGGAUCUCUCACCCCCUCGCGCCCAACGACCAAGCAUUGAUCAGGGGUCUCCUUAUGCUCCUCACCCUGCUACUUUACCUGCUACUUUGGAUGGUGCAAGCGCGUCAACUGCCCAGCAACAGAUGCCGCAGCCCCCCAAGAAUCGGUAUGCACCUCCAGAGUACGUCAACGAAUUUACGAAUCGUAUUGCACCAAAUAAUGACCAAGCGGCUCCGGUGCCAACGGCUGCUGUACCAAUUUCUUCCCAAGCGAUUGAACAGCAACCUGCACCCCUGCGUCGGUCUCAGACGUCCUCUCCCGGCCAGCAGAUGGUAAGCCCCCGUGCUUCUGUCCCGCCGAUCUCGACCCUUCCUCGACCGGCUUCUGUGCAUGGCCAAGGUUCUCCCACUAAGACCACAAAUCCUUAUGCUCCCGGCCAGCCGUCUGUGCAAAGUCGGGCUCGAGCUCUUUCCCAGCAUCUCAACUUUAUCGCGCCUAUUGAUGGUCAGGAACAUGACCCUCUCGAACGGUGGAAGGGCGCUCCUAUUUUCAAAUUUGGGUUUGGCGGUGCAGUUGUCUCUUGCUUUCCUCACCACAUUCCACGGUAUGCUGUUGGUCAAGCGGCCCCAUUGAUUAAACCUAGCCCCGGUGAGCCCAAGUUCUCACAGCUCAGCCAAUGGCUACCCCCUGUCGAUACCAUUGUACAACACCCUGGACCCCUGAAAAACAAGGCCAAGAAGAAGGAUGUAAUGGCUUGGCUUUCGAGCAAGAUUGCUGCUUUUGAAAACGAGUUGCCUCCCGGAUUUGACCAGUAUCAUCCUGAUGCGCAGAAACGUCACGAAGAAAAGAUUUUACUUUGGAAGGUCACUAGAAUUUUAGUCGAAAAUGACGGUGUUCUAGAGGGCUCUGAUGCUACCCAAGCCGCUCUCCGCCAAGUCUUUUUCCCGCAGGCUUCAGAACCCGAGUCAGAUGGCGCUGUUUCAAACCUUUAUGGAACCUCAACGGGCUUCAUGCCUCUGAACAUAACAGCUCAAGCAGAUGGGAGUGAUGCUGGCUGGAUGGAAGAACUUCGCAGCAGUCUUGUGCAGGGUGAUCGUGAAAAGGCUGUCUGGGGUGCAGUUGACCGUCGUCUCUGGGGACAUGCUAUGGUUCUUGCCUCAACUAUGGACAAAUCGGUCUGGAAGCAAGUUGUUCAAGAGUUUGUACGACGUGAGAUUAGAUCCACCUCCGCGAACACCGAAUCGCUUGCGGCGCUUUACGAGAUUUUCGGUGGAAAUGCUGAGGAAUGUGUGGAUGAACUUGUUCCGCCUUCUGCGCGGGCAGGUCAUCAACUGAUCAGCAAGUCUGAUGGCCAUGGUGCAACAAAGAAUGCUCUACAGGGCUUGGACAGUUGGAAAGACACUCUAGGGUUGGUGUUGAAUAAUCGCAGCUCAGAGGAUCAUCAAGCUCUUCUGGCACUUGGCCGCCUACUGGCAUCCUAUGGCCGUGUUGAGGCCGCCCAUAUUUGUUUCAUCUUCUCCCGAGGUGCCAUCUUCGGGGGAGCCGAUGACCCCCAAGCAAACAUUGUGCUCCUUGGCGCUGAUCAUCAACGGUUCCCUUGCUCUUUGAUGGAUGAGGAUUCCAUUCUUUUGACCGAGAUCUAUGAAUUUGCGACCUCUGUUCUGGGCAACUCUCCCGUAGCCACUUUACCGUAUCUGCUCGCGUUCAAAUUGCUUUAUGCCAAGAUGCUUGCUGAUCAUGGACGGAAGACUGAGGCUCAGUACUAUUGCGAUAGUGUUGCAGCUGCUCUAAAAGCAUCCACGCGGCCUUCUCCUUAUCAUCACCAGCACUUGUUUGUCGAGGUUGAUGAGCUCUCUGCUCGACUUCGACAAACUACCUCUGAUGGUGGCUCUUCCUGGAUCUCCAAACCCAGUAUGGAGAAGGUGUCUGGAUCCAUGUGGGCUCGUUUCAACAGUUUCGUUGCAGGCGACGAUAGUGAUGCGGCAUCGACGGGCUCUGGAAAGGCUGGUGAGACUGCAGACUUUGGACCCUUUGCCAAUGUUGCAGGAACCCCGACUAUCAGCCGUUCCCCAUCGGUGUCGGACUUGUACGGCUCCUACCCUGGAGCAGGCGCCCAGCCAAUUCCCGCCCAGACUGGAGGAUCCUCAAGAUAUCUUCCCAACCAGCAUGCUCUAAAUGCUUCGCCUGAACAAUUCCGUGGAAGAUCUUCCAUGGAUUCUCAGAGAUCUGCUUCCAUUAGCAGCAUGCCGUUUGGACAACGCCGCAGCUCACAGGAGCAUGCUUCCCCUCUAGUUGAUAACCACGCAUUCCAGGGAGGGGCAACUGUGUAUGGGUCGCCUGGAACCAUUGGUUAUCAGCCUACGCCGCCCCAGUCGUCCUAUAUGCCUCUUGCACCCGUUGAAGAGGAUCUGACUACCCAAUCCCCUGCCGAAGGGGCCCCGGGAAGCCAACCUGCGCUGAAUGGCCUAUUCUACCAACCACCUGCACAGGAAUCUGCUGUCGCCGGUUCGCCUUACUAUCAAGGCCCGCCUGGUAUGCCGCAGUCGGAGAAUCCGCCUUCAUAUAUGCCUCCGCCCGCCGCACAAGCAUACGAGCCGCCAUCCUAUGCGCACAACAUGAGCAUCGCUCCAGAACAAACAGAGGAACCGUCUGCGAUGGAGGAGGAACCACAGCCAAAGAAGAAGUCAUUUAUGGAUGAUGACGACGAUGAUGAUCUUGCGGCUCGAGCUGCUGCAAUCCAGAAAUCCCAGAAGUCCGAGAACGAUCGCAAGGCUGACGAGGCUUUUCGCAAGGCCGCUGAAGAAGAUGCCAAGAGAGAUGCUCAGCAGUCGACGAAGAAGGGUUGGUUUGGCGGGUGGUUUGGAGGCGCCAAGAAGGAAGCUGAGAACACAGGUGGUGGCCCUAUCAGGGCUAAGCUCGGCGAGAAGAACUCCUUUUAUUAUGAUCAGGACCUGAAGAAAUGGGUCAAUAAGAAGGAUCCCAACUCUGCUACCCCUGCCCGGGCCACACCACCCCCUCCAAGAGGGUCCACUCUACCCAGCCGAGCUGCCAGCUCUGGCAGCCUGCCUCCUCCCUCUGGACCUCCAAUGUCCAGUGCAGGUAGUCGACCUCCGUCUUCCUCAAGUGAUAUGCCACCGCCUCUCUCAUCCAGCCCAGCAUUUUCCGGUAUUGGAGUACCUCCCCCCAUGCCCCGGUCCGUUUCAACUGGCGCAGCUGUCCCGACACCUCCUGGUAGCUCAUCUGGGUUGCCCCCGCGUCCUCCAUCUUCCCUAACCCAUGCCAGCUCUAUCGAUGAUCUUCUCGGUGCCCCUGCCGCACGAAAGGGCAACACUGUCAAGGGCAAAAAGAAGGGUCGGUAUGUGGAUGUUAUGGCCAAGUAA